CAACUCCCAGCCCUCCACUUAUGCUCCUCUUGCAGGCCGCCUGAUUCUACUCUUGUUUUAAUCCUCCUUUUCGAGCAGGUCUUCCGAGGCUCGCCCCGUCUUCACUAGCGGUCGGGCACACCUUGACCUCCAACAUCGUCAUUCGCAUCUGCGUUGACGUAUCACCUUCCUCCCCCCAAAUCCAUCAUCUUCAAGCCUGCACUGCAGCACACAUCACAUCAUAAUGUCUGACGUGCAGUCGAGGCCUUCCGCCUCGCGCGGCAGGUCCUCUGCUCGCGGAGGCCGCGGUGGAUACAGCUCGCGCGGCCCUAGAAGCAAGGUCAACGGCCACAAUGGCGCAGGCUCAAUCGACGCAUCCACCGAAGAAGGAGAGCUCGGUGAGCUCAGGCAGCAGUACGAUAUCCAAUUGAAGACCAUCAAGGAUACCUUCCCCGACUGGACCGACCUGGACUUGCUUCUAGCUCUGCAUGACAGCGAUGGUGACCUUCAGCUCACCAGCGAGAGGAUUUUGGAAGGACAGAUCUCUCAGUUCGCCGACGUUCCCAAGAAGAGCGACAGAUCCCGUUCCAAGAUCAAGGAUAGCACCGCUGCCGAUACCGCCCCUUCGACUGCUUCUACUCGCGGCAGGGGCCAGAGCUCGCGUGGAGGCCGUGGACGUGGUGCCGAGCGCGGCAGAGGUGGAUUCCGUGGUCGUGGUGGGGCUCAUGCGCCCAACGGCUCCCGUAAUGCUACUGGUGGUGGAGCGUCUGUACCGACUAACGAAUCUUCUGCUUGGGACGCCACGCCAUCAGCAGAUGCUCAGGGCACUCCCGCUUGGGACAAGCCGACCGGGACUGAGACCAAGGAUGGAGCUGCGGAAGGUCAAUGGAACAAUGCUACCACCUCAGAGGCCGCUCCAGCGGCAGCUACCGAGGGCGCAAAGAAUGCUUCGGUGCCCGAAGCCCAGCCGAAGAAGACGUGGGCCAGCAUGUUCGCGAAGCCCAAGCCUGCGCCCGCCCCUCCGAAGCCUGUCGCUGCGGCGCCACCUCCAGAGCCUGCAGAGCCCGCCCCUGCCCCUGUUCAGGAAGAACCCGAGCCUGUCAAGGAAGAGACUCCACCAGCUGCGCAAACCGAGGAGCUCCCCAUUCCGCCAGUCGCCGACGAAGCCCCCGCCGCCGAACCAGUUCAGCCCGCUGCCGAACCGCCCGUUGCCAUUCCCGCCGUUGCGGAACCGACCCCUGCGAACCUUGCCCCGCCCAAGGAGGAGCUUACUGAGGAUAACGUCGAGCGCAUCCCAGAUGCGUCUGUGCCUGCACCGACGGGCACUGCGGCUAGCACCGUUGCUAGCGGAAGUGCGAUUGGCGUCGCGACGCCUUUGACUGGACCGAAGGGUGGAGCUGGUGGCCGUCCUCCGAUGGGAGGAUUCCAGACCAGUGCACUCAAGGCGACUGGCGUUCCCGGUCGUAGCUCCAGCUUCCAGAGGAAGGUUGUUGAACAACAAGAGGCUGUCGUCAUGCCUGGCAACCACGCGGUGGAUCGCGCUGCCGUUCAGUUUGGAAGCAUGGGUCUCAACGGCGAGCCGGACCUCGAUGUAGACGAAGACAGAGAGGAGGCCGAGACUCGCACGCAACCUCCCCAGCACUCACCUACCCAGCAGCCCCGGACUUCUCUCCCUCCUGCGCCGCGCCAACCGUCUGGGCCCACGGAGCCUCAAAUCCAGGACUCGGUUCCCACGCCCAAGCAGGCCCCUGGCCUUCCUCCCCCAGUUGCGCAGGCACAGCAGCCUAUUGCACCCCAGCAACAGUCGCCGGCUGUCGGCACACAGGCUGCCCAACCAUACAGUCAGUUUGGUCGCUAUGGACAGCCCGUCAUGCACUCUGAGCCAGCUGCGCAGACGCAGAAGCCGUAUGAUCCCUUCGGCGCGCCUGUUUCGCAGCCCAGCCAGUUCGAUGCAUUCCCCACGUCCCAGGCUCAGACUAUGCCUCAGGCUCAGGCCUCCCUCGGCGCUUUCUCAACCGCGCCCAACGAUUACUCAUCAUACUACACGUCUGACCAGCAGCGCAACGCCUACCAGAAUUACUACGGUGCCGGUUAUGGUCAGCAAGCUGGUGGCAGUCAGCAAGAAACCGACGCCUCACAGAGGGCUGGUAGCGCUUUCGGGCCUACCACCGGUGAAGCGACUUUCCCCACCAGCCAAUCUCAACAGGCCCCUGGUCGUUACGGCGAUGCCCACAACAGCGGCCAGAACACGCCCGCCCCUACCAUGGCUGCGCAACACACCGCUGCUGCUCAGUCUCAGCACUUGAACCAGCCCCACGGCCACGCUGGUCACAACGCUGGUUUCCCUUACGGCGGACCUGCCCACCCCUACUACAGCAGUCCUUACUACGCAAACUACAUGAGCCAGUACGGUGGCGGCUACGGCCAAAACUACGGCGCUCCUUUCGGCGGAAAGGGCAUGUACGCUGGAGCCCACCACGGAUAUGGUAUGUCGCCUGCCACCACUUACGACACACACGCUGCCUCUCCUGCGAACGUCGGUGGUUUUGGUGCUUCCUCGAUGCACGGUCGCGACAACGCUCUCGGCGCAGCAGGCCUCGGCGACUACGGUCGCUCCAACUCGACCCAGCCAGCCCAGGCUCAACAGCACACGGCGAGCAGCGGCGCAUUUGGCGGCAUGCCUGAUGUCUUCGCUCGUAACCAGAGCAUGUUCCCGGGCCAGAACCAAGCCUAUGGCCAGCAGCAGCCCGGAUCUCAGGCUGGAAACGACGAUGCCUUGAAGCCUUUCGGUGAGAAGGCUGCUCCCGGCCCGAGCCCGUCUUCUAUUGGACAACCCGGUCGCCCCGGUUCUGCCACCAACAACUCGGUCGGCCAGGGCGCGCAGACAGGCCUCCCGCCCCCGCAGUCGCACCAGCAGGGCUUCGGCGGGUACCCUGGCUCGCAGUACGGAUUGAGUGGUCUUGGUGGCGCCCACCAGGGUGGCCAGAGCUACGGCGGUUAUGGUGGUUUCGGUGGCGGCUAUGGAGGAUACAGCGCCCGCGGUGGUUGGGGCGGAAACUAUGGUCAUUAAGCAGUUGGCGUUCAAGGAGGCUUUCACCCGGUUAUGUUCUCUACAAAAGCUUCUUCGCAUCUCAUUUCUCUUCAGAUGAGAAAAUGUGGAUAACUGGGCUGGAAACGGAAUCGGGUUUUUGCAAAUGGGAACGGGUCAAUCGGUUUUUUCGACAACGGAUCAUUCACGAGGUCGAGGUGUGUAGGUUGCAUGGAUUUUAACUCGCGGCUUUCAUCGACUUCGUGGGACGGAACGGAUGGAUCAUGCGCAUGAAGUGAGGGUUUUGUAUUAUCACAAUAAGGAUCUCUAAAAAAAAAAAAGGUCGCU